AUGCCAAAAUUCCAAGAUACUCCAAAGAUCAAUACUUUCUUCAAGAAAUCUGCGUAUUAUCUGCCUGCUCCACAUAUUCUAAGCACAACAUUCUUUUCAAACACAAAGCGACAUAGAAUGAGCGUGAAGAAGGAGCCAGUUGCAAGGGUGCGAAAAAGCCUUUCUGGGAUGUUUGGUAUCAAGAAGCUGGCAUAUCAGUUUACUCGGGGAACCGGUACCGUCGAUUCAUCCACACUGCCUCAACAGGUACAAGCUCGAUGCCAGGAUUGUGAAGGAUACAAGGCCGCUCUCACAGAAGCCUGCGAUGCAAUGAUGCAAAUCAUGCAGGGAAGUCCAGAUUUUAGGCCAGCGGUAGAGUCAGCACAGCAGUUGGAAUAUCCUGCUGAUAAAGCACCAAGUGAAAUGUUUGAAAAAAGCCUGGAAAAAGUGAAAGGUUACUGGUACGAUGAAACGCUCAUGUCGGAAUGCUCGAAACAGUGUAAAUUAAUAGCGGCAAAAACACGAGAAUUACAGAACAGGGGACGACGGCAGCUUCAUCUGAUAAGAACUUUUAUCAACGUUGUUUAUUAUGAGUUCGAGGAUUUGAAGCGAAACCUUUUGAAGGCCAAGGAGGACCUAGAAUAUGCGCAAGAAGAACAGAAGAAGGCAGAUACUGCUGCGCGAAAGAAGAGCACCAAAAAAGCUCAGGAAAAGUACGACAAAGACUUGAAGGCGCUUGAACAAUGGCUGGACCAGCUUCCCAAAAAGAAACUGGAGCACAUGAAAGAGAUUCAGGCAAUUAUGGUAGAACUACAGUCAUAUCAUGAUUGGAUGGCUUCGUACUGUCGACCGCUGGCUGCUUACAAGGUUCCUCGCCCGCCCAACCUCUAA